AAAAACGUCAAAGAUAUUAGGAUGAGAGUAAGUGCAGAGACAGAAGUGAAACUUCGAAGAUGAUGACUACAGCAGCUUCACCCAUUGGAUUUGUUCAACCCGAUUCUCUCCUUUUUCCCAGAAGUAAAUUCUUCGACAAGACACGAUCUUCACGAACUAAGUGGGUUUAUUCGUCGUCGGCUUCUUCCUCGGAGACAUUCUGUCGAACGGCUUCUGCGCAAGUAAUUCAGGAGGGCGUCUUCGAUGGAAGCAGCGUAGAGAACUGGAAGAAGAAGAAGAAGAAAAGGGUGUUCUUAUUAGAUGUCAACCCGCUUUGCUACGAAGGAAGCAAGCCUAGUUCGCAUGCUUUUGUUCACUGGGUAACACUCUUCUUCUCCCAAGUCAGCCUCAAUGAUCCUGUCAUCGCUGUUCUUGAUGGAGAACAAGGGAACCAGCAGCGCAGGGAAUUGCUACCUUCAUAUAAAGCGCAUAGGAGGUCUCCGGUCUCUGGAAGAUACACCAGAGGUCUAACCGUGAUGCCGAAUCAAUUCGCCAAUGAUGUUCUCGGGCGAUGCAAUGUGCCAGUUGUAAGAAUAAAAGGGCAUGAAGCAGAUGAUGUGGUGGCUACACUGGCAGAACAAGCUGUUCAAAGAGGACACCGUGUGGUUAUUGCAUCGCCCGACAAAGAUUUUAAGCAAUUAAUCUCCGAAGAUGUUCAGAUAGUUAUGCCUGUAGCAGAGCUUGGCAGAUGGUCUUUCUACACCUUGAAACACUACCAUGCUCAAUACAAUUGCGAUCCACAGUCCGAUUUGAGCCUUCGAUGCAUAAUGGGUGAUGAAGUUGAUGGUGUCCCCGGGAUUCAGCAUGUGGUUCCUGGAUUUGGUAAGAAAACCGCGAUGAAACUCGUGAAGAAACAUGGCUCUCUGGAGAAUUUAUUGAGUGCUGCAUCUGUAAGAACCGUAGGAAAACCAUAUGCCCAAGAGGCGCUCACGAAACACGCAGAUUACUUGAGAAGAAACUAUCAAGUUCUUGCCUUGAGAAGGGAUGUCAACAUACGCAUUCAAGAGGAAUGGCUAGUGGAGAGAGACACGAGCAAUGACUCAGAAGUUCUGUCAAGCCUUUUCUAGUGCACCAGAACAGAUCUUUGUCUUGUCCAUUCAAAGACAGGAGAGCUCAUAUCUAAUCUCCAUGACCAGCCAAAGUCACUUGAUGCAUACUUGAAGAUUUGUCCGGCAGCGUUGCUCGUUGCAGUUGAUUGGGCUUGGCGAUGAAUGGAAUUCGACGAUCAGAAUGUUUACUGUUUACAUGAACGAUAAACAAAGUAUGAACAAUAUCCCGACUAUACAUAGUAGCGUGGUUUCCACCAUUGAUA